CGUGACAUGUUCUUGUUUUGCGCAUCCAGUUCCCCGCACAGCCUGUGGACUGGACGACUCCUCCCAAUAUCGCCGUGAAAAUGGGGACACCUGAGAACCUGUCUGGCGGUACAGGUGGGCGAAGGGAGCCCCUCAGAUUUGACCAGGAUGCGUCCGCGACGGCCGUGGACAUGGACACGGCAAUUGUACUUCUCGGAGCCGGGGUGACAGCUAUCACACACCCGCUGCUGUACGUCAAACUGCUCAUUCAGAUUGGACAUGAGCCCCUCACCCCAACUGUCGGAACCACCAUGUUUGGGAGGAAAGUGUUGUACCUACCUGGAUUCUUCUCCUAUGCACAGCACAUCGUAAGGGUUGAUGGAAAGAUGGGACUCUUCCGAGGUCUAUCCCCUCGUAUAAUGUCCAGUGCCAUCUCCACCAUGGUCCGGAGUAAAGUCAAACAGGCCGUCCCAGCAGAGCAGGCGGAGCAUGUAUCGAACAGAGACGACUUGAAGACCUCCCUCAGGAAAGUGAUGAAAGAGACCUCACAUGAGAUGGUCAUCCAGUGCCUGUCCAGAAUAGCCACUCAUCCCUUCCAUGUGAUCUCCGUGCGAUGCAUGGCUCAGUUUGUGGGGAGAGAAGUCAAGUACAGGGGGCUGUUCAGCAGCAUCACCAACAUCUUCAAGGAUGAGGGCAUUGGGGGAUUCUUUGUGGGGGUUGUGCCCCAUGUCCUGGGUGAGGUCAUCUUUCUGUGGUGUUGUAACCUCCUGGCCCACUUCAUCAACACCUACGCCGUGGACGACAAUUUCAGCCAAGCCCCAGCAGUGAGAAGCUACACCAAGUUUGUGAUGGGGAUUGCAGUGAGUGUGUUGACGUACCCAUUUAUGCUGGUGGCAGACCUAAUGGCAGUUAACAACUGUGGGUUGGUGGCUGGUCUUCCCCCUAACUCUCCCAUCUUUAAGUCCUGGGUCCACUGUUGGGCUCGUCUGAGCCACGAGGGCCAUCUCUUCCGAGGAUCCAGCUUCUUUUAUCGCCGCUUGCCUGUGACAGGGAUGGCUUUGACUGAGGAGUGAUAAAAUCAACCACCGCACAACCUGUGCCACUGUUCUCCUUCCUAACCGGUACCUCAGUGAGACCAAUGUACAACCACCCCCUCACCUUAAACCCCCCAGUGGAUAAAGCCGGAGCAGCAUGUUAUCAAUGGGCUAGGUGUUUUACUGAAGUAAAGUUACUUACAAAUGAAGAGUUUUGUUAAUCUUGUUUUUAAUCUAAAUAAUAAUGUAGCCACUCAAAAGUAAGAGGUCUGAGGAGUGAGACUUAAUGUGAACGAAUCAAAAUUAUAUCCAAUAUAUUUUGUCUUGGUUGAAUGCUGAGGGUAUAAUCUCCUUUUACUAUACCAGCAAAGUUGCACUAUUUUUUUAUUUAUUAGAAUCUAUGACUUAAUUUUGCAAUAUUUAUAGGACACAGUUUAAUUAAGUUCUAUGUAGGCUUUAAAAUUGGAUAGUUGAUUUCCAUCUAUAGGAAAAAAUGCCAAAUGUUUAUUUUUCAAAGGGUCUCACUAGUAGUAGCAUGAUAUAUGGUUGCAUUCGAAAGUGCUAAUUUGCCUUCUAUCAGAAGUGCUUUACCCAAUAAUUAUACCUAUUCACAAACACCAUAAGCCCACAAAAACUGGAGUGCUCUCUAGUGAUGCACCGAUAUGACUUUUUUUGGCCGAUACCGAUAUCCAAUAUUUUCCUUGCCAAAAAACCCAGAUAUUUUAAGAAAUUAGCGGCCUUUUAAGCACUCUAGUACAGGUAAAUAGUUAACACGCACACAUGGACACGGCGGUCUAAGGCACUGCAUCUCAGUGCAAGAGGUGUCACUACAGUCCCUGGUUCGAAUCCAGGCUGUAUCACAUCCGGCCGUGAUUGGGAGUCCCAUAGGGCGGCGCACAACUGGCCCAGUGUCGCCCAGGCUGUCAUUGUAAAUAAUAAUUUGUUCUUAAUUGACUUGCCUAGUUAAAUAAAGGUUACACACACCACCCUGACCAAAAAGUUAUUUUGUUGGCAUUUACAUGUCCCCAUUACCAGUCAAACAUAAUCAAAACCUAUUUCUUUCACUUACAGUUGAAGUCGUAAGUUUACAUACCCCUUAGCAAAAUACAUUUAAACUCAGUUUUUCACAAUUCCUGACAUUUAAUCCUAGUAAAUAUUCCCUGUUUUCGGUCAGUUAGGAUCACCACAUUAUUUUAAGAAUGUGAAAUGUCAGAGUAAUAGAAGAGUGAAUUAUUUAUUUCAGCUUUUAUUUCUUUCAUUACAUUCCCAGUGGGUCCGAAGUUUACAUACACUCAAUUAGUAUUUGGUAGCAUUGCCUUUAAAUUGUUUAACUUGAGUCAAAUGUUUCGGGUAGCCUUCCACAAGCUUCCCACAAUAAGUUGGGUGAAUUUUGGCCCAUUCCUCCUGACAGAACUAGUGUAACUCAGUCAAGGCCUCCUUGCUCGCACAUGCUUUUUCAGUUCUGCCCACAAAUGUUCAAUAGGAUUGAGGUCAGUGCUUUGUGAUGGCCACUCCAAUAGCUUGACUUUGUUGUCAUUUUGCAACAACUUCUGAAGUAUGCUUUGGAUCAUUGUCCAUUUGGAAGACCCAUUUGCGACCAAGUUUUAACUUCCUGAUUCAUGUCUUGAGAUGUUGCUUCAAUAUAUCCACAUAAUUUUCCAUCUUCAUGAAGCCAUCUAUUUUGUGAAGUGCACCAGUCCUUCCUCUAGCAAACAUGACAACAACAUAAUGCUGCCACCCCCGUGCUUCACGGUUGGGAUGGUGUUCUUCAGCUUGCAAUCCUCCCCUUUUUUCCUCCAAACAUAACGAUGGUCAAACAGUUCUAUUUUUGUUUCAUCAGACCAGAGGACAUUUCUCCAAAAAGUACAACAUUUGUCCCCAUGUGCAGUUGCAAACUAUAGUUUGGCUUUUUUAUGGUGGCUUUUGAGCAGUGGCUUCUUCCUUGCUGAGCGGCCUUUCAGGUUAUGUCAAUAUAGGACUCGUUUUACUGUGGAUAUAGAUAUUUUUGUACCUGUUUCCUCCAGCAUCUUCACAAGGUCCUUUGCUGCUGUUCUGGGAUUGAUUUGCCCCAAAAUACGUUCAUCUCUAGGGGACAGAAUGCGUCUACUUCCUGAGCGGUAUGACGGCUGCGUGAUCCCGUGGUGUUUAUACUUGCGUACUAUUGUUUGUACAGAUGAAUGUGGUACCUUCAUGCGUUUGGAAAUUAUUCCCAAGGAUUAACCAGACUUGUGGAGUUCUUGGCUGAUUUCUUUUGAUUUUCCCAUGAUGUCAAGCAAAGAGGCACUGAGUUAGGUCUUAGGUAGGUCUUGAAAUACAUCCACAGGUACACCUCCAAUUGACUCAAAUGAUGUCAAUUAGAGCCUGUCAGAAACUUCUAAACCCAUGACAUCAUUUUCUGGAAUUUUCCAAGCUGUUUAAAGGCAGUCAACUUAGUGUAGGUAAACUUCUGACCCACUGGAAUUGUGAUACAGUGAGUUAUAAGUGAAAUAAUCUGUCUGUAAACAAUUGUUGGAAAAAUCAUGUGUCGUGCACAAAGUAGAUGUCCUAACCGACUUUCCAAAGUUAUAGUUUGUUAAUUACCAAGAAAUUUGUGGAGUGGUUGAAAAACAAGUUUUAAUGACUCCAACUUAAGUGUAUGUAAACUUCAGACUUCAACUGUACUUGCUGUGCUGUUUCGUUGUUCAGUCAUUUCAUUCUCAACCAGGAUUUCUAUGGAACACCGUUUGGGUCUUUUCGUGUCAAAUAACACCAUUUUACCAAUCAGGACCUGAAUACGACUGCACGUCAAAUAAUAAUUUAACUCGUUCAUACAUUUUUUACGUAGUUUUGACACAUUGAUUGCACUCACUUGUAUUUCAUGUCACAAUGAUUCAUCGAAAUGCUAUGAUGCUGGUAAAGUUGUCUCGCGCACCUACAGUGCUGGUCAUAAAAACAAUCUAGCUAGCUAAUGGAUGCAAAUCAUUUUCUUCCCCAAAACAUAGCAAAAUGACAAUCUGUUUCAGUAGCUAUAUAGUUAGCUAGCUAGCUAGAUGUCAUCUAAAAUAAGCCUAAUUGAUAAGAUAGUUCUUGUUUGAUUAAUGGUGGUCGGACCCAUCUAUGUGGGAUUAGCCACGAUAGUGGACUUUCGAAAUAAAAGUAUGGCAUAAUUCUACUAUUUCUAUUCAUUUGCAUCACUGUCAAUGACAUACUUUUAUUUUGAAGUCAAACCGCAAAUUCCACUAUUGUGCUUAAUCCUUAUUGUGGCUAGCUUCACAACACGUAACCCGGUCCAGUUGAGCCUCACUAGCCAGAUGAAACUAGCUAGCUGCUUAUAACGUUAGCUUUGGGUAACAGGGUUAAGUAGCUGGCUAGCUAUUUAUUUUCAUGAACCGAAGUUCAAUUUUAAUAGGCUAACAACAAGUAGCAACCUAGCUAAUACUUACUCACAAGGAUCCCUAAAUAGUUGAUAAGAAUAAUGAAAAUGACUGCAGUUUCUACUGGUCAUUGUUUUCAGGCUGGUUGUAUUGGUGCUAGCUAGGUACCAAGCUAAAGCUAACUAGCUACCCCAGAAGUUGCAGUCGAACAAAUAACGCUUUAUUACCAAGGAGGUAUUGUUGACACAUGGUUCGUGGCCGGUGUUUGCAGACUUUUUUUGUACAGCUUUGAGAGUGCUACUGUCUACUAUCUUUUUUGACACGCAAAGACCCAAACGGCGUUCCAUAGUAUGUAUGUCGUGAAGCUAAUAGCAGUGAUGCUAUCAAUGUGUGACUUCGGUAGGGCAACAUCUGAAAAAUAGCACACUUGGUAGUGUGUACCGGUGCUCGACCAGUCGGGAAAGCCAUCAUCACCCACGACAGAGCGGUUGGUUGUCAAGGGCAAUGAAUUCCAUUAUCUUGGCUUUAAUGGAUUUCGCCUUUGAGUUGUCUCGCUGAAAUGUUCUUACUCUUUCAAAUGACUGCUUGACUCGUUGACUGCUCGAUUCACACAGCAGACAUUGUGGGCUAGGUUAGGAAUGCUGUGUUGCACCUAUAGCACAUUUUACGUGGCGUCAUUACGUCCUGUAUUACGUCCUAUACAUUAUAUAGGUAUGACCGGUAACUUUGACAUUCGUUUUUAGCAUCGCCGUUAAACUAGACAUCGGGGUGAUACCGAUGUUGGCAUUUUUAGCUAAUUUCGUCCGAUUCCGAUAUGUCCACCUAUAUAUUGUGCAUCCCUGGUGCUCUCCUUUAAAACUAAUUUGACCACAGGUUCUUGCAACUUUGUACACAUUGCAGCUCCAGUGAGCUCUUGCCACGAGAGAAGUAAGAAACAAGGGAGGAAUUCAGAGGGCAACCAGUAGUUUUCAGUGAUGUUCAAAAACGUGGCCUGCCAUCCACAAAAGGUUGUCUGUGGCCAUAUAUUAAGAACAUUUGUCAAUAUCACAAAUGUUGUGUUCUAAUUUGUGUGAAGUGAUGGGUAUAUUUGUGUUACCAGUGACAAAGAAAUGCUAAAUUACAGUGCCUUCAGAAGGUAUUCACACCCUUUUUGACUUUCCCCACAUUUUGUUGUGUUACAGCCUCAAUUAAACAUGUAUUCUGUCACUGACCUACCUACAUACAAUACCCCAUAACGUCAAUGUGGAAUAAUUUGUUUUGAAAUGUUUACUCAUUAAUAAAAACUGAAAAACUGAAA